CCAGGUUUACAGGCAGCGCAGUCCAGCCGUGAGGAGAGGGUCGACUGAGGAGCUGAGCGAUGAGGAGCAGGAGAAGUGAGUCGUGGGGAAGACAUGAGCGACGAAUGGGUUAUGAAAGUGGGGGUUGGGAUAGCGGAGAUGACAGACGCGAUAGAGGCAGAGAGCGAGGAAGGAGGUAUGAUGACCGACGGGGGUCGUCAACGGAGGACUAUGGGAGAAGAAAUGAUGGGGGGAGGCAAGUAAAAUGUUACGAGUGUGGGGAAUAUGGACGCUAUAAGAGUCAGUGCCCCCGGCUUCAAGGAAGACUCACCGGAGGCACGAUCUCUUUGAGUCGAGAUCUAGAGGAGUCUCUAAGCUCAGUAGGGAGGAUGACGAGGCAACUGCUAGAACAGCAAAGGGAAGCGGAAGAAGUCAAGCGAGAGGCCGAGAAAAUGAACAAGAAAGAAGCGGAAGAGCGAGAAGCAAGGGAGGAAGAAGCGAGGGUCACGUUGCAGAAAAAGUUGGCUAAGGAAGAGAAGGAGAAGAAAAGAAGCUGGGAGUUGAAAAAGUUGUUAGUGGAACAGCGUGAGGAAUACGAGGCGAAAUUGGACAAGGUUGUGGGCCUGAGUCGGAAGAUGAAAGGAGUCUCAAUUGGAAGUAAGAAGAAAGAGAAGGCAAAUGUGACUCCGGUGAUGAGCUCCAAAGAUGAGGAAGAGACCGAAGAAGAAGCUAUGCCCCUUAAAGAUAAAAGGAAGCGGAAGAAUUCGACGGGGGAGGUGGAAAAUAGCCCGCCGGUUGAAACUCCCAAGAAAAUGGGGAAGAAUGUUGAAGUUGAGACGCUGACGGGCCAGAAGAGAAAAGGACGAGGAAGGCCGACCAAAGCGGAGGCUCAAGCAACUCGAGUAAUGAAGGGCGAAGACCCAUGGGAGGGAGUCCCUGUGGGGGAGAAAUUUGCCACUGAAGCAGCAUACAGGAGGCGGUCAGGAAAGCCAUCGGAUCUUUUAUCCGGAGACACUGAAAGCGAUGUGCAAAGGGGCAGGUCUACCGUUCUACGGGGUGAACGACGAUGUGGACACACUGUCCGAGCUACGCGUCACGUACUGCUAUCGGGGUCAGAAGACGUCGUGUUCAACGUCAAGCAAGUCUGAGGAGGAAGAUCAGAUAAGGGGCGAAUCCCAGGAUCCGC